UCUCCCGAUGAGAUCCCUGAAACACCUCAAACAUCACUCCAGGAACAAUGUGGAGGAGCAGAGCAGUCACCUGGUGCGGACAUAUCCCAAGAUGACUGAAGGCCUAGUGGAUGUGGGAACACAAACAGAGCCAGUGGUGGUGCUGUCUCUGGCUCAAGCUGCCGUUCUUGGCCUCAUCUCCCAGAAUGAAAUCUUUGGAGCCACCAUUGCACCCAAUGGGUUUUACAUGGGAGAACCUCGGGAGUGUCCUCCUCCUCCGCCUGAAGCAAUGGAGUACGAGUACGCUGACCAGCUCAUAGGGGCCAAUGGGGACUACCUGGCUGAUCCUGCUCGAGAAUCAGAACCCCAGCCCCACUGCAGUGAGAGGAAACGCCCCGGUCCUCGUGGGAGGACUAAGAGGCUCAGGAGUGAUGGGGAACUGGAGGGUCACCCACCUGAAAUAAGCGGUCCACAGGCUCAGGUUAAAGGUGAACAGUCAGAAUUGGAUACCCCUCCAUCCUGCAUUCAUAUACACAAUAGGCACAGUUCUGAAAAGCCAGAAGAGCCAGUGACCCCUCAACGUUCUCUGAAAAAGGAGCAGGCAUGUGUAAACUGUCCCACAUGUGUUAGAGAUACAGCCAGCCAGCAAACCGAGGUCCAGCCACAACAAGAGCAAGAAGAAAGUGCAGGUAGGGAAAGACAGGAGAAGCAGGAAGAGUUGGUGGUGGAGGAAGAAGUGGAGGAAGCGCUAAACCUCAAGACUAAUGGAGGGAGCAGUAGUCCUCUAGAGAAUCGCUACUACGAGUCCAAUGGAGUCACUUAUGAGUCUGCUGAUGUGGCGCUUCCGGCCGAGUACGAAGAGAAUGGGCAGGCCAUGCUGUGGUCCGACCCCGAGGGCCUUGCCAGGCGUAUGCAGAUUGACCGGCUGGACAUCAACGUACAGAUUGACGAAUCUUACUGUGUGGACGUGGGAGAAGGUUUGAAACGCUGGAAGUGCCGCAUGUGCGAGAAGUCGUACACAUCAAAGUAUAAUCUUGUCACGCAUAUCCUGGGGCAUAAUGGAAUUAAGCCUCAUGAAUGCGUGCAUUGUGGAAAGCUUUUCAAGCAGCCCAGCCACCUCCAGACUCACCUGCUCACCCACCAAGGAACCCGACCUCACAAGUGCACUGUCUGUGAGAAGGCCUUCACACAGACCAGCCACCUAAAGAGGCACAUGUUGCAGCACUCAGAUGUCAAGCCCUACAGCUGUCGCUUUUGCGGCCGCGGUUUCGCCUACCCAAGCGAGCUGAGGACCCACGAGAACAAGCACGAGAACGGCCAGUGUCAUGUCUGCACACAGUGCGGAAUGGAGUUCCCAACCUACGCACACCUGAAGCGCCACCUGACCUCCCAUCAGGGCCCCACCACAUACCAGUGCACAGAGUGCCACAAGUCUUUCGCGUACCGCAGCCAGCUGCAGAACCACUUGAUGAAGCACCAGAACGUGCGGCCCUAUGUUUGUCCCGAGUGCGGCAUGGAGUUUGUGCAGAUCCACCACCUCCGACAACACGCUCUCACUCACAAGGUACUGGCAGCGCAAGCCCUCGCUCUUAAGGGUAUGAAAGAAUUCAAGUGUGACGUCUGUGCCAGAGAGUUUACCCUGUCUGCCAACCUGAAGAGACACAUGUUGAUCCAUGCCAGCGUGAGGCCCUUCCAGUGCCACGUCUGCUUCAAGACCUUUGUCCAAAAGCAGACGCUUAAAACCCACAUGAUUGUGCACCUGCCAGUCAAGCCUUUCAAAUGCAAGGUGUGUGGAAAGUCGUUCAACAGAAUGUACAACCUCCUGGGCCACAUGCAUCUGCAUGCCGGCAGCAAGCCCUUCAAGUGUCCUUACUGCACUAGCAAGUUCAACCUGAAGGGCAACCUCAGUCGACACAUGAAGGUCAAACACGGCAUCAUGGACGCAUCAGUAGAAGGCCAAGAAGCCCCCCAAGACACAGAAAGUCAGGAGGACUAUGAAGAGGAAAGUUUUGAGUUCAGUGAACGAGAAAACCGGGCUUCUAACAACAAUAACAACAGCAGCAGCACACCAGAUGGAGCCAAACUAUCUCAAAUGGAGUUUUACAGCACCUAUGGGAAGGGUACGGGGCGCUUCAGCACGACCUGAAUGAUUCAAAUCGCCCCAAAUUGAGAUUACGUUUGAACUAAUGAAAACUGGAUUUUUUUUUGUUUGUUUUUUUUUUUUUGCUAAAGACAAAGUGCUUGGGUUGGUAUUCAAGUGCACGAAGAAAUCCAGCACAACUGCACAUUCACAUGCACUGGAACCACUUCUAAUUCUCCAGAAUUUUGAAAACUUGACUUUUUAUUAACUUUUUAUUUUUUUUCAUCUCACCAUUGCAAAUCAACUGGA